CCGGUUAUCAGUAACGACUGGUUACUGAUAAAGUACUGGCCUUUUACUGUCUUAAGUUUUUUCUUUUUGUUCCUAUAUCUUCGUAAUCCUUUCAGUUUCUCAUGCUUCAAUUUCGUCUAUAAUUUUCAUCCCUCUCUCUUCCUCUUUCUCCGGUUCCCUCGUUUUGUGGUUUCUUUGAUUCAGCAAUUGAUCAAAAUGAGAUUAUGUAGCGGUUGCAGUAAACCAAUUAUUGACAAAUACAUGUGGCAAAUUAAAAACGAUGAUCGAUUUUUUCAUUGGAACUGUUUGAAAUGUCAAUGUUGCCAAACUAUUUUAAAAGAUCUAUGUCAUGUUAAGGAUGGAUCUAUUCUUUGCAAAGAGGAUUACAAUAGACUCUGUGCACCUCGACAGUGCCAUGGUUGUCGUAGUCCCAUAGACAGUAAUAAAGAUUGGGUAAUCAAGAUACCGGCAGCUUCGAAUAAACAAUAUCACAACACACCAACAAGUGGAUCCUCAUAUGUUUUAUACCACCUUAGAUGCAUCAGAUGUUGUUAUUGUUCUAAAGAUCUCAACCCUGGGGAUCGUUAUAUACUUAACAAGGCUAAUCAAACGUUGGUCUGUACUUCAUCAGCCUGUUUAAACCAUCAUAACUCAACAGUUUAUUCUUCAGCCGUUUCAUCUCCCUAUGCAUCAUCCAUGCCCCCUUCACCACUUCAACCUGCUCCUCCGCAACAUCCUAAAAUGUCUGUGCCAAGUGGAAGAGGAAGACGAGGUCGUGGUGGAGGAAUGUACAAGAAGCAGUGAUUUAGAAAUGACGAAAAGAGAAACGUUUUUACUAUUUUAAACUUAAAAGAGCGGAAUCAAGACUUGACCCUUUGACAUUACAAUGCAUGUUCAAGAGAUUUAUCAUGUAAAUAGCAACAGAGAAUCAAAUCUAUCAAUGGAUUUACAACAUUUUAAUGCACUUAAUUUUACAAAGAAUCCCCGUUGAAUUCUUUGAGUUUACUUAUUACCAUCAAUUCAAAACUAUUAUUCAACAUUUUUACACUUAUUGUAUUGAGAAUUCAUUUUUUCAGCUCAACAUCGUUAAUCUCGGGUAGCUCUUUUUGCUCUUUUGAUUGUAAUAAAAAAACAUGACAAUGCAAUGCAUGCAUUAUAAGUUAAAAAA